AUGGCAGGAGAGAUGCCUGCUGCCUUACAUCCUCUGUACAGGUCGACUUGCUGUGUCUUGUGUCCUGCGGUUAAUGAGUUGCACAAAAGUAGUGUAAGGGAACAAGCUGUUGACCGAUGUGCAGAGUUUCAGAACAAACCAGUCAUUAAGUUAAUACUCUGGAUUUUGAGCUCCAAGCGCACCAUAAUUAGGUCGGGCUGGAUUGUGAUGGUUUUAUGCAGCAGGGGUAGAAAGGAUUGUUAUCUUCUCGGCGUCUGCAGGCUGCCCGGAAUGUCCGGCGUAAUCAAACCUCAGUGCGGAACCAACCCCGUUAAGCACCGCGACACAACUAAGAUUCUGUGUAAGCUGGUACAGCCCGUGGCGGCAGAGAUGAAAUGCAAACGUGCAUGCAUGAACCAUAUUAUCGGGACUCCAGUUACCAGUCCCUAA